UCCCACAAGCUAUAAAACCCAACCAUACUGAAACACUCAGACAGAAACCACACGUGGAUCUGUGCUCUGAGGGAGAGAGAGAGAGAGAGAGAGAGAGAGAGAGAAAGAGAGAAAUAGAAGAGAAGAGGGAAGGCGGACGUGGACGUGAGCCGGAGAGGGGACACGCCAGAGAGGACUGGAGCAACGAAGAGAGAUUUACAAACAGCUGGAAGAGGAGGAAAACCACGCAGAUCUGAAAGUAGGAACAGCCUUCAGAAGAAAGUCUGUAUUGCUUUUAAACUUAUUCUCUUCUACAGAAAGAGAAUAAAGUCCACAUGGGACUCUGAAGACAGAGCCAUGCCACAGUGGAGUUGGCUUAAGGCACAGGACUAGGCUGGGACAGUGGCUCAACUUCUGUUUGAGCAGUGAGUUUCAUCACUUCCAUACGAAUCUAUGCAUGCGUGAGAAACACAACGAACUGCAGAGGUACUACCAGUCAGUGACAAUAACACUCAGAUACGAGUAGAGGAGUUGAAGAUGUCUUUUGCCAUGGUGCGUCCAGCACCCAGCCGAUACCUGUACUCAGAGAUCUCCAUGAUGUCCGAGGAUGAGGAGAAUGGCAGCGAGAGCUCGGGCUCGGACGACCGCUCCUUCCGCCUGGACACCUCAGGCUACGAGAUCAAGGUGGGCACCCGCAAGCGCAAGCCUGGCGGAGGGGCCGGAGGUGGCGCGAACGGAGGCGGGCGACUCGGGUUGGAGCCUCCACCGAUGAUGGCGGGCGCCGCCCCGCCGCGAAACGCGGCGAACGCCCGGGAGAGGGACCGCACCAACAGUGUCAACACGGCCUUCACCGCCCUCCGUACCCUCAUCCCCACUGAGCCAGCCGACCGCAAGCUGUCCAAGAUCGAGACACUUCGGCUGGCCUCCAGCUACAUCUCCCACUUGGGCAACGUGCUGCUGGUCGGGGAGACUUGUGGGGACGGUCAGCCCUGUCACAGUGGUGGCCCCUCGGCUAACUCCUACUACCACCACCAUGGCUCACCCGCCCGUGACACAGAAAAUUCUCAGCCCAAACAGAUCUGCACCUUCUGCCUCAGCACCCAGAGAAAAAUGAGCAAAGACAGAGACAGAAAAACAGCCCUGAGAAGCUAAUGAAGCCUUCGGCCGGAGUGAAGACCCCCACGGCUAACCACAAACUUGACAUUCUUAUUGUGUAUAUAUGCAAAUAUCAAUUCAUAUUUAAUAUGUCAAAAAAAAAAGGAAUAAAUGGAGAAAGAAAGACAGAAAAAGAAACGUUGGGCCUUAAGGACCACAGUUUGCUGUGGACUUCAUAGCAGUAACAUAUUCACAGUUAGUUCUUUUGUGCCAGAGCACAGCGGUGAUUUUUGGUUUCAUCUCAAAAAUGUCCUAAUCUACGAUGGGAGACUGCGUCACUACAUCCACAGGAGAAGGUUCUACCAAAGGACACCUAACAAAAAAAAACUUACAAAAAGGUACGCUACCAUGAACUUACAAAAUGGACUUGGACUUGUGACUGACAAUACUUUCAUACAAACAUGAAGGAUGCUACAGCACAUGAAAAGCAGAAAUAAGAAAGGCCAGCUGACAGCGGGAUCACAAACUUGAAAUGGUGGACCAAACUGAUAGCAACAAGGAAGGAAGUUUGUACAUUUUUCUGACUGAUUCUUAAUUGUGUUUGCUUAAAACAUGAACAAUUAGGCCUAAGCCCACACUAUCUAAAACUACAGACAUAGUAUUGAAUGUGCUGUAUAAUAUUUUGUAUGAACUUGGUUUUAAUAAAAUAUAAGAUAUAAAUGAAUAAUGAAAGAUUCGUCCUUUACAUGUGUGAACAAAUGUACGGAUGUCAUUAUAAUAGCAAAAAUACUUUUUAUAAACUUUUGAAGAAAUACUUCUUCAAGCAAGGAAAAAAACCCAGUACCAGUACAUUACAGUGGCAAUGCCAGGAUCAAGGCUGCACUGAACUCCAGAUCG